UAUAAAUGCACAUAAUUUAAUUGUAAACACCUGUUGACAGAGCUGCGCCUUGGCGGAACCAGUAAGAAGUUAGGUGUUUUCUUCCUCUUUUUGUUUAUUUUUAGCCUGUGUUUUAAUAUUUGUUGUCUGAUUGCUAACUUACGAGCACAGCGCUCUUCUGUGUUAAUGAACGUGUCGGCGUUUCCCCGCCUGAGUUUGGUGGCCUGCCCCGGCAGGGUCAGUGCUGCUGCUAACAAGCCCGCCGGCUGGCGAGGGCCAUGGGCACCAUGAUUAGAAUCUUCCAGUGCUUCUCCUGCCAGGAAGGGGACCGAUUCCAGGUCAAUAAGGGGAUGAAGAUGCUCCCGCAGAGAGAGCUCACGGACACAUUUUCUUUUUCCUUUUUGUGCCAAAAGGACCCUCAGUUGAUUGAUAAGCUAAUGCAAAACCUGGAACCCAAUAAGGACAACGAAGUGGAUUUUAAUGAAUUUGUGGUCAAGGUGGGCGCCCUGACAGUUGCUUGUAAUGAUUACUUUGUAGAACAAUCGAAGAAGAAAGGAAAGUAGAGAUAAGUAGCAAGCUAAUCUAAAGGCAGAAAUAUAUCCAAAGUUAAUUACUUAUUAUUCAUUUAUCCCCUUCAAAGUUAUAGAUACUGUAAUGCGGCUGUUCUCAACCUGUGGGUCCUUUCACAGGGGU